AUGAAACAAAGAGUCUCAUUUCUCCUGAAAAAUGCAUUUCCAGAAAUGUUGAGUACCAUUCUAGUGACCCUCUUCCUCUUCUCGUACUUGGGAACUAUCAUUGCCAUGCUCGCUUCUCCAUCCUUGUACUGGCCAACCAUUUUAUUUUGUAUUUGGGCCAUUGUCUAUUUCUUGGUGUGGACGGUGGUUUGGGUUUCUAGUUUUAUACUGUAUGGAAAAAUUCAAAUUAGACUUAAUCCACAACGAAAUGUUGCAUCUUCAGAUGAUCAAAUGACAGAGAGUUUACUUAUUGAUGAAAAUCAACAAGGUAUGGGUGAAUUGAAAGAACUCUUUCUGUGGAUCAAAAGUUGGGUGACGUCACGAUCUCCUCCCAGAGAGUUGGUAGAAGAACAUACCAUUGUAGGUCACAAGUUUGAUGCUGCUGAUGAAGGAUGGUUCUAUUUGCGACGUUUACAAUUGAAGCUUGCUGAUCAUGCAGCAUACUAUCAUCUCAUUGGAGUAAUUUUUGUAGUGCCAGUCCUGAUUAUUUUACUAGUCUAUUUCUUAAUGAUGUAUUUUGAAGUUUCUGGAUGGCUUGGGGUUUUUGCUUUACCCUGCUUUAUUUAUUUUGUUGCUAGUAUUAUUUCGUUGCUACUCUUUUUAAUUGCAGUUUGGGAUAGUAUUGUUUUUCUCACAAAAAAGUAUAUUUUUUAUGACUUGACAGAGACUGUGAAACGACAAUUGAGAGUCAUUUCUUUAAGAAAUUGGCCCUUCAUGCUUGCGUAUGGAGCAUCCAUGAGCUUUUUAUUGUUUUGGUUUUUAAUUGGAUUUGCCUCCUUUUUGGACGGGCACGAUACAUUAUUUAUUGAGGACGACAUUAGUAGCAAGACACAACAACAUGUCACAAAUUUCAUGACCAUCUCUACCAUCAUGCAAGGACAACCUCCUCCUCCGCCUCCAUCCAGGUUCACGGAUUUUUCUGGGAUUGGCUACACGUUCAUUCCUCUGUAUUUGGCUGAAAUUUUGACCAUUGUCAUUUAUUUCCUUGGACUAAUUUUCAAAAGCUCUUACUACAAGUAUUGGUUUUUACGAGGCGCUCUAUUAAGCGUGGCAUGUUGUAUUGCUCAAAUUUUAAUUUCAGUGCUAGCAAAUACUGAACUUGGACUGUUAUGUAUUCUUACGGUUGUCAUUCCAGUUUUUGUGAGUUUUAUCAUGGUCGUUAUUCCCCAAUUAAGAUAUAUGAAAUUAGUGAGCUCUCGUUUUGCGUACUCACUCCAUUAA